CACCACUUACCUGGCUUGACUGACAACCAGUAAUCCACACUUUCCGACGGUGACAGCUCUUGGUUUUGUUAUUGCUCUUCUUAUAGUUCUAUAUUGGCACAGCACAGAUCUUUUAUGUUCCGUGCCUUUCCAAAUUUCCAUGUUUAUUUUACUAGAUUGUCCAAGAACGUGACGUUAGCUGCUCUGUGUGGCUAACUUAUUAACCGGUAACAACACAACGGCCAGCUGACGGGAGCACGGAGCUGUUAGCCUAUUAGCUUAGCCGUCUUUCCAGUUCAAGUACCCUUUGUCUCUACAACCAAGUUAGCUAAUCGUAACAAGCGUUGUUUCUCCUCCAAACGCUGGCUUUUGCUCUUUUAUUGUUUUCACCUGACAAGAGUUAAGAAAACCAAGAUAGGCGGCUUGGGAACCAAGAUGUCGAACCGAGUGGUGUGCAGAGAAGCAAGUCACGCCGGGAGCUGGUACUCUGCUUCGGGGUCCCAGCUGAACGCACAACUAGAAGGCUGGCUGUCCCAAGCUCAAUCCACAAUCAGACCUGCUAGAGCCAUCAUAGCACCGCAUGCUGGAUAUACCUACUGUGGUGCUUGUGCAGCACAUGCCUACAAGCAGGUUGAUCCCUCUAUUACUCGUAGGGUUUUCAUCCUGGGUCCUUCACACCACGUGCCCCUCUCUCGCUGUGCCCUGUCACCUGCAGACAUCUAUAGAACGCCUCUGUAUGACCUGAGAAUUGACCAGAAGGUUUAUGCUGACCUCUGGAAAACUGGGUUGUUUGAGCGAAUGACUCUGCAGACAGAUGAAGAUGAGCACAGUAUUGAAAUGCAUUUGCCUUACACUGCUAAAGCCAUGGAGAGCCACAAAGAUGAGUUUAGCAUUGUUCCUGUCCUGGUGGGAGCGCUGAGUGAAUCCAAGGAACAGGAAUAUGGGAAGCUACUCAGCAAGUAUCUGGCAGACCCCACCAACCUAUUCAUUAUCUCAUCUGACUUCUGCCACUGGGGUCAACGGUUCCGUUACACAUACUAUGAUGAAUCUCAAGGAGAGAUCUACAGGUCUAUCGAGCAUCUUGAUAAAAUGGGGAUGAGCAUUAUAGAGCAGCUGGAUCCCAUGUCUUUCACCAACUACUUGAAAAAGUAUCGUAACACGAUUUGUGGGCGUCACCCGAUUGGAGUGCUGCUAAAUGCUGUGGCUGAGCUAAGAAAGUCUGGUUUAGAAAUGAACUUCACGUUCCUGAACUAUGCUCAGUCAAGUGAGUGCAGGAACUGGCAGGACAGCUCUGUGAGUUACGCUGCCGGGGCGCUCGUCGUUCAUUGAGGUCGACCUCUGCGGGGGCCGCCGCAGCGCUGCUGUCCUUCCCUUACUGUCUAUCGCCAUAACCCGACCCAGAUCCUCUCUCUCUCUACCCAUCCCCACCUACGCCCACUAUUUGCAGGAAGGACCUAAACAGUCAAAGCCAAUACCGUCUUCUUUCUCUGUCUCUCCCUCAGCUCUCCUUUACCCUCUUCUCAGUUUGAAGUGUGUCAGAGCCUGUGUAGGAGCUAAAACACAGAAAGAGUGCAUAUUAUAUUAUUAUAUUUGUCUUGAAGUUGGAGCUGGAAGCGAGGAGUCUUAUUUCAGGUUUUGCAAGGACUGCAGUUGUUCUCAGUCCUUUUGUUUGUUCUCCUGACAGAUGCUAGAUUUUAUUUGUAAAAAAAAUUCAAUCUUUACAUUUGGACGCCUGCCGAUCUGUCAUGUGACUUGGAAAAGGAAGGAAAAUAUAAAAAUGCAGAUCCUAAAGGAGAAUAUUCAAAUGUUGCCAGAUGGAAAUGAAGUGAGUGUUCUGACCGACUGCUCCACAUCCGUUGUAGUUGCUAACAAAGGGCUGCACCCAACACAGUUCACUAACCCCCUGCACAAAGCCAAAAACAUAAUUUCUCUCACAUUUGUUUAUUAAUCCUAUUUUACUCUUAUUUUCUUUGACUUUAUUAGAUGUGGUUGUAUUUACUCAUGUAGUGUGUAGAUUUGAAUUAAAGCAGUGUUGUCUGUUAAGGCCAACAACAUAGUUUACCAGUUAAAGUAGUCGUAGUGUACUGCACCCAGCAGUCGAUGCAGCAUAGAAGAGUCGAGCACAAAAGUCUUUUGUUCGUUUUUUUUUCUAUCAAAGCUUUUCUUUUAGUGAGCUGCUGCUCUACCUGUUCACCGGGUCGUGAAUAACACUUCUUGUUACUGUGUUUAUUUGAACAUGCCAAAAGGUGUUGAUAAGAUUUCAUCUUUAUCUUUGUUUUUUAGCUUUGCCUUUUCAGUUUUGCUGCACCUACACUUUGGCGUAGUAAUUAGAAAUGCUGGCUAGAUCCAGUAUUAGGAGGGUCCUGGUUUUAAGACCAGGUCUACAUAAUAAUGGUCUGUUAUAGGGUUUAACAAUCGACUCAGAAUGGUGGCGCGUUCUAUGCUGCGUUCUUUAUUUUGUUGGAUUUGAGUCUAUAAAGACACGUAAUUUCUAUAUAAAUAAAUACUAUCUCCUCCAAUGUUCACGUGUAAACAGGCCGCAAACCUCACUGCAAAAUUAGCUGAUUAAUUGAGGCAAUGCAGACGUGGAGUGACGGUGUGAUACAAGCAGUGCUCGGCGUGUGCUGCAAACAUCGAUGGGUAUUUGCUGCUAAUAUGAAACGACGCAGUCCAACGUUUCCUCCUGUUAUCACACUUGGCAAUUAAGCUACGAUAUCUCCAUGAGGCAACUGGGCACAAACCCGAAAGCUUAAUCCCCAGACUCUCUGGACCUCUGACUAAUUUAAGGGAAUCUAGUAAAGCAUGACACACUGUGCUAUUGUGCCUUUUCUCACUGUUGCACAUAUACAUAUAUGGCGUGUUCUUUUCUUAUUUUAGAAUGUUUCUGUUUGUUUUAGAAGGUUUCUUUUUCCUUGUACCUUCCCUCUCGACUCGUGCCCAGAAGUGUGUCCAGCUGACCCAGCACUCCAGGGGUGUGAGACCUGCCCCACACAUGCGUUGGUCUAAAAUGGCACCAACUGUUAUCUCCUUUCUCCAGCAGGGAGUGGUGUUCUGUCUUCUUCACCUCACCUUAUUCCUCUAGAGAGAGAGAGACAAAGGCUGAACCUCAACACUGUUCAUUUUAUGUUUAUGGAUCUUUGUUUAUCUUUCAGAAAUGUUUUUUUGUAAUAUUAUUUUAUUCUUGAUUAGAGAAUGGAAACUUAACAUCACAAACCUAAAGUAUACUACUUAACUACUCCCUGAAUGGAGUUUUUUUAAUCUCAGGUUCCACUGACAAAGCAUCCCAAAAGGCUCUUCAGAUGAAGCUGAGGUUUCAUGUUACAAAAUAAGUAAAAUGUACUGAAAAGCA